AUCCCAAUCCCACGUACACAUCUUUUUCUGCGUCAAACAGAGCAUCCAACCAAACCAAGUGGGAUGGGAUGGAUGGUCCGUCUAAGUCCAAAACUCUGCUCUGCGCCUUAACACUCACGCCCAAUUUCCCCUUCAUUCUCAAACCCUAAUUCCCCAAUUCCUCUUUUUCAACCAAAAUUCAUACAAUUUAUUUCCUGUAUAUACACUUUCUUCUUCAUUUUUCAUCUUCCUCGGUUGCAUCGCAUACCCAAUUUCACCACACAACUCUUCAAUAUCCAUUACCAAGCAAAAUACAACUUUCAACUUAAACUCAUUGGGUUUUUCAAAGGUUUAAUUUUUAGCAUCAAAAUUUGAUUUUGAGUUUCUGGGUUGUUAUGAUUUUAGUGUUUUAGUAAUGGCCUACGAAUCUUGGGUUUUGGGUCAUGGAGUUUUUUUCAAUUCGGGUACUAAAUUGUUUUAUCCUACUCAUGAGAAUCGAACUAAGAGAAUGCCAAUGAAGGUUUUGGGUAUAAACAGUAGAUACCCCUUUCCUAUUGUUUCAAAUUGUGUUGGUCCUUUCACUUGUAAAAGCUUUCAGGUUUCAAGUUAUGGAAACAAUGCCAAGUUACUUAGUGGGAAUAGCUUGAAGAUGAAGUGUCUUGGUAGUGAUAGUGAUUGUUUGCAUGAGAAAAAUGUUGUUUCCAAUGCUAAUUUGAAGUUUAUAAAUGAAGUUUUGUUGAAAAAAGGGAUUCUUUUGGCUGCUACUGUUUGUGGGGUGUUGGUGUUUGGAUGUCCGAAAGUUUUCGCUGUUGAAGGUAUUGUCAAUGCUGGAUAUGGUGUUAUUGGAAAGAGCAUACUUUUGCUUAAGAGUACUUGGCCUACGGUGUUGCAAGUUCUUCGUUUAUUUAAGGAACAAGGGUUGUUAUUGGCUUUGCUUUUGGGUCUUUCGGCGUUUUUCUCUUUGGCGGAGACAUCAAUUACCACACUUUGGCCUUGGAAGGUUCGUGAGUUGGCUGAAAAAGAAUCUGAAAAUGGCGUCUUCAGACUACUCCGAAGUGAUGUUACUCGAUUCCUCACAACCAUACUUAUUGGCACAACUGUAGUAAAUAUCGCAGCAACUGCUCUGGUCACAGAAGCUGCAACUGCAGUAUUUGGCGAAGCUGGUGUUAGUGCAGCAACAGGAGUGAUGACAGUUGCCAUUUUGCUUCUCACUGAAAUCACUCCAAAAAGCAUUGCUGUUCAUAAUGCCACAGAGGUGGCUCGGUUUGUGGUCAGGCCAGUGGCAUGGCUUUCUCUUGUACUGUAUCCCGUAGGAAGAAUUGUUACCUAUCUUUCAAUGGGGAUGCUUAAAUUGCUUGGCUUAAAAGGAAGUAGUGAGCCAUAUGUUACUGAAGAGGAGCUAAAACUGAUGCUAAGGGGUGCAGAACUAAGCGGGGCAAUAGAAGAGGAAGAACAAGAUAUGAUUGAAAAUGUGUUGGAGAUAAAAGACACACAUGUCAGAGAAGUUAUGACACCUCUUGUUGAUGUUGUUGCAAUCGAUGCAAGUGCAAGCCUUGUAGAUUUUCAUCACUUGUGGGUUACACAUCAGUACUCAAGGGUACCUGUUUUUGAGCAACGUGUUGAUAAUAUAAUGGGUAUAGCAUAUGCAAUGGAUCUGCUGGAUUAUGUACAAAAGGGCGAGACGCUGGAGAGUAUUACAGUUGGAGAUAUGGCUCAUAAGCCUGCAUAUUUCGUACCUGAUUCAAUGUCUGUUUGGAAUCUUCUUAGAGAGUUUCGAAUCAGAAAAGUUCACAUGGCUGUCGUUCUUAAUGAGUACGGUGGAACUGUUGGACUUGUAACUCUUGAAGAUGUUGUUGAGGAAAUUGUUGGUGAAAUCUUUGAUGAAAAUGACUCAAAGGAGGAAAUACAAAAGAAAACUGGCUACAUUGUGAUGCGAGCUGAGGGUGUGUUUGACGUGGAUGCUAACACAUCCAUUGAUCAGCUUUCUGAAGAUUUGAAUAUCAAGAUGCCAGAGGUUCACCACUUUUUUAUUUUUUAUACGUGCAUUUUACAUAUCGUGUUUCUCGAAAUUAACUAUGCUUAUUAUUCAUAUUGCCAGGGUCAUCAAUAUGAGACAGUAUCUGGUUUUGUAUGUGAAGCCUUUGGAUACAUUCCAAGGACAGGUGAAAGCAUCAAGAUAGAUCUUGAAAGGGAUGACGAAGAUGAUGAAGAUGACAACAAUGGCGACCACCAGGAACCGAAAGAGAAAAAACAUAUUUUCAAACUUGAGAUACUAGCAGGAAAUGCAAGAAAGGUGAGUGCUGUUCGGUUUGAAAGGCUAAAUACUGUCGACGAAAUGUUGGAGGCUAAAGAAGUAACACGAAUGUUCCCGAAAAUUGUGAAAAGAAAAUGGAACAGCGGCGAAGACUCUGAGGAUGAUGGAGAAUAUGAUGGAUAUGCAUUUGUAAAGAGACCACAGGAAGACAUUUCUAAUGAAUAUGUAGUUGAUCAGGAAAAUUCUCUUAGAAAUUCAUAAGUCAUUUUCUUUCUUCAUUUCUUUUAUCAGUUCUUUCUAAUUGGCAAGCUUUUGUGCCAUUUUUGUAUUAGAUGGAAAAAUUGAGAUAAGUGUACAAAAUGAGAACCAAUGUUCUUCCAAAAAAAAGAAAAAAAAAAGAGAGAACCAAUGAGUUAACAUAUAGAACCUUUCCAAGACAGAUAGAGGGUUCUAUGCCAAAAAAAAAGGUAUUCUUUUAAGGCUUGAGAGUUGAGAAGUCAUAAUAAAGUAUUUUUAUUUUCAUUUCA